GCUCCACUCGGCCUGUUGUGGAAGUUAAAUUUCCCAACAUCAAAGCAGGGGAAGUGUCCUUUUCAUUCAUCUCAUGACACCCAUCCAGUUCUGUAAUUUCCCCGCUCUAUCAUAAUGCAAGUCAUUUAUCUCGUAGAAAACAAGCCAUGAGGGUUACAAGUCAAGGUCGGGCAGUUCAUUAGGAAACCUUUUGUAUUGUUGUGGCGACAUGGAGGCCAGCUUCGCAGGCGCCGUGAUUCAACUGAGUAGCCAUGACCCAGGAUAUGAUUGUACCAACCACAUACUUCUGUAUCAAUCAACAAAAAUCCUUUCAGAGUUAUGCAUCCAGUAGAAUACAGGGAGGUUGGGCAUGCUCUUGACUUCACUUUCGCAUUUCAGGUAAGGUUUAAGGUAUAUAAAACCUAUCCCUACAUUUUGGGGUCGAGAUUGAGGUUUGAUUGCACCCAGCAUGGAGGGGAUCUUUUUGCCCUUCUCCCACCUAUUCAUGAGGAAAAUUUAUGUCAUGAGAUGGCCCAUUGGGGUCAUAUGGGCAUCCUAGCAUGCACUAUUAUGAACUAUGUCCUCGGGGAACAUCCCGUGUUCACUAAUGCAGCAGGACUUUUCAGUUUCCCCGCCGACCGUUCGGCCGCGUAUGGUACCGUCUGGGGCGUGCUGUGAAAGUUUGCCUGUGCUCUGGCAUCUGAACGAAUUGUCGGAUAAAUACCAUCACUACUGACAGAAGGUACAGGUAACAACUAAAGAGUGAACGUUCUACGAUUGAAGAAACUGGGACAUCUACAAGUGGAUGUUGAUGAAAAUGGCCACCUUAUACAGCACGACCCUGGUCUCUGCAGUCCUGGUAAGCCUACUGAUGACUGCAGGUGCAUCCUGCCCUGAGGGGUGCCGCUGCAUCUCGGGAGGCGUGUACUGCACCGAGGGGAACAUGCGGCCACUGCCCAAGAGCUUCCCCAUCAGCACGGAGUCCUUGUAUCUGUUCAGAUACAACCUCUCCUCCAUCCUGAAGGACCAGUUCACCAACCUGCCACUACUAGAGAGUCUAAACCUCCGAGGGAACCACAUCUCCAACCUCGCGCCACAGGCGUACGCCGGCUUGCCCAUCCUGCAGGAGCUGAUCCUGUCGGACAAUGAACUCGUCGUCAUCCCUCGAAAAUCACUUGUAGGACUACGGAACUUGGAGAGGCUGUUGCUUAGCAACAACUCGAUCAUUGCCCUGAAUGGUCAGGCCUUCCGCGAUCUCUCCAGUCUGAGAGUCUUAAAACUUGACAGGAACGAGAUAGUCUUCAUCUUUGGCAGCGCCAUGAAGGGUCUGGACAGUUUGGAAAUACUCGACCUCUCCAGCAACCAGCUUGAAAUUGUACCAGCAGAAUGUCUCCAGAGCCUGGGGCAGCUACGUGAACUCAACCUACAGAAUAACAAGAUUCUGGCACUGAACGAUGAUGGUUUUAGCGGUCUGGGCAAACUAGACCGCUUGUACCUCGACAGUAACCGAAUCGGAUAUGUCUCCUCCAAGGCGUUCCGUAACCUGGACUCUCUCCGCGAAUUGACGCUAAAAAAUAACCUCAUCACGGUGGUUCCAGGACAGGCUAUCGGACUAGCGAAGACGAUAGAGAUUUUACGCCUCGCUGGAAACCCCCUCAACAUGUCAGACCUGAGCUCCCUGAGGGCCGCACCGACCAUCCUUGAGCUGGACCUGGCGAACAUUGGGCGCCUAUCCAAACGUGCACUGCUGCCUCUGGAAAACCUAACCAACCUUAACAUCAGUAACUGCUCGCUGGCGCGUGUGCCCAUCCUGCGCCACCUGGGGACCAUGCACGUGUUGGACCUGUCCUGGAACAACAUCACCACCCUGCCGCCUGAAGCCUUCAGCACCAUGACCGACCUGACACACCUGCGUCUCAGCAACAUCAACCUCAGCUCUAUAGAACCCAACGCCUUCGCAGGGUUAUCAUCACUACAGCACCUGUCCCUAGAGAACAACCAGCUGAAGACAUUACCCAGGAACCUCUUCAUGCCCCUACGGAGCCUGGAGCUGCUGGACCUGUACAACAAUCCUUGGUCAUGUGACUGCCGACUACACUGGCUAAUCCGGUGGGCUCAGUUCAAGAACUUCUUCUUCUCCACUGUCCUGUACAUGAAGUGCUCCACCCCAGCAAAUUUCAAGCGGACAGAGCUGUCCCUUGCUGAAGUUCCUAUCAAGAAUUUGUCCUGCAUCCCCCCAAGAAUAGUGAGCUCUUCCAAAGACCUCUACCUAAGUGAGGGAGAUCCAGCCUUCUUCAACUGUGACGUGUCUGGGUUCCCCAUCCCAGAUGUGGAAUGGUUGGGUCCAGGAGGAAAGCCAAUCAAACAGACCGGGGACGGAAGACGCUUCCCCUCAAAAGAAGGAACUCUGGAGAUAUUCAAUGUGUCAAGGAAAGAUGCUGGCCAAUACGUUUGCUGGGCAGGAAAUGGCGGUGGGAAUGCCACCAGAUCAUUCAACCUCACCGUCACUGUGUCCACAAACCCUCACUCUUCUACCAUUAGCAACACAGCAUCAACGUCUUCUGGCACAAUGAGGGGGACAACCUCGACCGCAGAGGGCGCCACACAGGGCUUCGGGAUCCUGGGAAACCGUGUCUCCAUGGCCAUUCUGAUCGGCACAAACGCCGCAGCCUUCCUCGCAGGAAUGCUUCUUGUCACCCUGAUUGUACUGAUCUACCUGUUCUGGUGUAAGAAGAAAACCAAGAAGAAGCCAGUAGAGACUGCUGUGGAUAAGCCGAACAGGAGCAGCCGUCCCAAUGACUACCAGCCGGACGCCAGCACCCAGACCACGCGGGUCCAGGAGGUGCGGCCGCUCGGGCAGCAGCCAGAGCAGCGCCCUCUACCGGAGCAGCCCUCCGAGCCAAAGUGUCCCGAGCGUGUGUACGAAGCCAUCCCAGAGAUGGACCUGGACUCUGACGGCUCGCAGUACCACACCCCACUGAAGCACCCAUCAGAGUAUCAGCCAUCAGAGUAUCAGCCAGAGGUGGUCGCCAUCAAGCCCUACAGUAGCAAAGACCACAGGCCUGAGCAGUCACUGAGCCUCGGUGCGACUGAAUCUGAGACUUCCAGCAACAGGAGAUCCAACACUUUUCCUGACUUCCAAGACAUCCACUCACCCCAAGCAGCAGCCACGCCAACUCCAUCAGAGGGCCCAGCUAAGUCUGUCUCCUUCAGCACCAAGCCUGAGAGCGGAGGUAUGUUCUCCGAUGCUAAGCCUCUGCCAGACGUGACGGCAGACACUCCCACGCCAGCACGGGGUGGUCAUCCUUACCUCAAGAAGUCCACCAGUCGUCCGUUAUGUGUGGAGCAGUCCAAGGCACCACACGUCGGGUCCAGCUCCGUUCCAAACAUCCACAGUGGGAAGCAGCUGGUGGCAUUCCUGGACGGGUCCACCCUGGGCACUCUGUCCAGCACCAAGGACAGCAGCCAUCGCAACAACCAAAACAACAAGUCAGCUCCAGGUAUAUACCAGCCACUCAUCAACCAGAACUCUGAUGCAGGGCCUAAUACAAACGGCAUGGUCCGACAGGCAAGCCAAGAUCGCACAUCUGGUUCACUGACCUCCAACCCUUACAGGCCGGCUGAGCAGGCGUCGACUCGCGACCAGUUAAACCAGACAUACCACCCUCCUGAACCAGUGCCAAACACGGAAAACGACAACAGCGAAGACUACAGUAUGGACAACCUAAAAGAGCCAAAAUACUACGAGUUGGAAGGGCCUGACUCCCCGUAUGACUUUGAGGAAGGGGGCACUGAUGGGAAUGAAAAGGGGAAGGAAGUGUACUUAGAGUCCAACCCACCAGCCUUGGAACAGGUGGGAUCAACAGUAGUGUAGCUGAUAUUGAGGAAACCACAACAGUACAGUAAGAAUUGUAAAUCAUGACCAGACAGCUUUCUCUGGUAAGACAGAUGAUAGACCAAGCAUAUCAUAUCAACAUUAAUGAUCCACUAAACUUCUACCAAACAAUUGACGUGCCAUUGUAAUUCUACUUGGCACUGUACUAUACAUUUUGUAUGGCUCGAGGACCCGUGGAACUCAGAACCUUGCAUGUACAAUGUAAGACUGAUACUUUGGUCGUAUUGAUAGAUUUUGAAUAUGUCUCUCUACAUGUUGUAUGGGAAUUCCUGUGCAGUGGGUGUGUGGUUCCUACUGUGUGGAUCUCAGUAAAGCAGGUCCUGUGCCAAAAUGAAAAGUCUUAUAUUUGCUGAAACAUGGUGGAAUUUUGUACAUAGAGGAGAUAACAAUGUGACCUUUUCAAUGUAUAUGGUGGUUUUGUUGUAAAAGUUUGGAGCUUGUUUUCAGGCAAAGUCUUUGUUGCUUGUUAGCUUGUAUACUGUGUUCAUCGGAAAAAUUAUAUCAAGUAGAUUAAUCAGAGUCACCAAUAGCACCAAGUGGUAUGAAACAUAUUCACAAUGACUUAGUCUUGGUACAAACAGCAUACUCAACUUACCAUGGCAACUUAACAGCCACCUUGGUAAUCAUGGAAAUUAUACAGCCAACUUGGUAACCAAGGCAACCAAACAGUCAUCUUAGUAACCAUGGAGAUUGAACAGCCAUCUUGGUAACUAUGGAGACUGAGCCAAGCUUUCUGCAUUGUUGUGCAUGAAUGUGUAUGUAUCAAAGUCAGUUCAAUAAAAGCGUGAGGAGUCAAACUGUUUCUAAUGGGGAUGUGGUGAAAUUGAAGACUGUAAGUAAUUAUAUGACUUGUGUUAAUCAAUAGCAAGGGAGAAUAGGAAACUUAUCAUUGGUCUUAGUAUUGGUCACUUGUGUGAACAAUGACGGUGCCUAAAUAUAUCACUGUGCAAGGGUUUGUUGAUCUAUGUUUUCUACGCAAAGACAGUGUGUUGCAGAAUUAUAUCUAGAAUUUUCAGUAGCAUUUAAAUCCUGUAAAU